AUGGACGAGGAAGAGCUCGUCCUGCAAUUCACGGAAGAACGAUCUUUGAUUACCUUUGGAUGGUGUAUGCUUCCGGAGUCUUUUGCCUUGGUUUGCGCACUAAAGUUCACUCCCAACUUUGAAAUUUUCUGCCUCACCGACCCCUCAGGCUCGCAAACAACUUUGGACUGCAAUGUUAAGGAAGCCUUCCACCCGCACCCAGAGGUGCCGAUCUACACCGAUGCAGACAAGGGGCAGGUGCAAAUGAAAGACAUCCCGCUGGAGAUCGUGGAUCUGCGAUGAUGCAGGGCUCAACAUUUUCCUGACUUUGAUCUAUAAUUCACAAACGCAGCAUUUCUGACGCUUGGC